CGUUAAUUCAUCCUGAAUAGACGAUCUUUGACAUGAAUCCAUGAAUGUCCCGUUAAAUAAACCUAAAUGAAACUCACGCCGUUAUGUCGGAAAACGACAGCUGUUUACCUACUCAUAUUUUCUCUACUAUCAGAUAUAAAGCUCUGGACUAUGUGUUUGAGGCGACCACCAGUUUGAAAGUCAUGAUGAGCUUGCUGGCACUGCCUACGCCUUACUUCACUGGUACCCAUGACCUGUACCCCCACAGUGGCAAGCUGCCUGAAGACACCUACAGGACGCCGUGGAUCAGAGGAAAGGUGAUAUCUACCUGCAAACUCUUUGUCAGUGGCUCUGUGCUUGACGACUUGGGAGAAAAAAAACGGCUCGCUAAUUCACCAGAAAGAUUUAACGUGACUCUGAGCGAGGGGAAAGAGGAUGUGGAGGUUAUACCCAGCUCUAAUCCUGACUCACUGACGGAGUCAGACCCGGAUGAGUAUGUUUGCAUUUUAAAAGAGUCCCAGGCCGGUGGUCCAUGUCAGGAAUCUUUUUUCAAGUGGACAACUGACCAGAUGAACCCUGGAAAUGACAACAAAGAUCUCCUGCCUGAAGAACUCAUGGCUGUUGAUUACCUGACACAAUUUAAGAAACAUUUGCCCACGUUGAAAGCCAAACUGUCCAGGCUGAGGACGCUUCCUGUGGCCGACCCUCUGCUGAGCUCAACAGGAGAUGCCAUCUCUGAGGAGACUAUAUUCAGACACUGUGCGUCUUAUAAAAAACCCCCUGAUGUGUGUGACACUCAGAUGUGUGAAAGCAUAAGUGAGGAGUUUGCUAAAGAACCACUCAUGAAGGAAGAGUCUCUGCUCCUACCUGUUGUAGUGGACACUUUAAAACUGACCACAGAAAACUGCACCUCCUUUUCAAGUCUUUGUGGUCGUAUGAAUGUUGCUCCUGAACUGCUGGACGAGCGACUUCCAGUCCUGGAUGUGCUUCAUCAAGCUUCUCUUUCAGAUGCAUCUCUAUCAGUAGACAUUUCCCAGUAUGAUUUUCCAGAGGAGCCCAGUGAAGAAUGCAAGAUGAAUGGAGUUGUGAUGGACUCAGAUUUCACAGGAUGUAUGAAGCCUCCAACUGAAAUGGAGCUGGACUUGACUCUGACUCCAACUCCGACGAACAGUCACACCCGUCUCCGUCUGUCCACUUCUGAGCUCGAGAUGGAAGAGCUGUCACCACUCCGCAGACAAUCUCUGGUGUCAGUGAGAGCUCACAGAGAGAUGGAGACGGCACUUUGGAAAGCAGAGAAGCAUCCAACCUUUGUGGUGCGCUUUCUGUUGGCAGAGCCUCAAACAUAUGAACCAGUAGUUGACUUCAACCCGCUGUCUGAAGCCGUUAAAGUCAUUAAAUCAGAGACACAUAGCUUUAUCUGUGCUGGCGGUGAACUGCAAUCACAGCUGAGGAUGGGAGACCCACAGGUGUAUUUGUGCAGCAGCCGUGAGUUCACAGAGAGCAUGAGGUCUGAGUUUCCAUCCACCAAGGACAAAAAGAUGGAGGACUUUGAAAAACUGUCACUUGAACAUGUCCCAUUCAUAGAUGGAUCCUUCCUCAAGAGUCCCACAAAAGAAACUCGGAUGCUUCACCCGAAGAAACAUGAAACUUUUCAUGCAAAAGCUGCGACAGAUGAUCCCCUUCUGCAAAAAGAAAUUCUCACUGACACGCUGCACACCAGCAACACAAACAAUAAGGAUGUAAAAAAACCUGCAACUGUAUUGUUUUCAAAACCUGCUGCUGCCACCAACACCAAAGAUGACAUUUCUGUUGUGAGGUUCUCAGAAGUCGCAGAUGUGUCUUCUGCUCGUAAGAACCACACCAACACAGUUAGAGACGACUGUAAGACCAAGCAGAGCGCCCACACUCCUGAAUGGACUGCGUCCUCCAGGGUGAAUAUCAGAGAUAAUCACAGAGGUGUGGUUACCAGACGUCCACCAGAGAAGGACCUCGACCCUCUGUCCACCUUCAUGAUACUAAGAUCCCAGCAGACAGCUCCGCUUACGGGCACAUCUCAGAGCUCAGCCAGCUCUCCAGAGCCACAGGUGGAGCAGAAGUCACCACCAUCUGAGCUGCAGCUUCUUCCAGAGCAGAUACAAAGAUCAGACGGGAGGCCAACGUAUAUGAGUGUUGCUGUGUCCGGAAAUGCUACCAGAGAGCAGGAAGCAGCUGGUCAACUCAUCAGUCAGUCCAACCCUCAGGAGAGACAGGGCAGCAACGUAAUACAGGUCCAAGCUACAGACAGCCAGCAGCGUGCCUACUGUGAGCUGCUGGCCCUCGCUCAGCCUUGUUUGAACUCUGCCAGACAGCUGGGGCUCAACUUCCCGUUGUGGGGAGACUUCAGCUGCCUGGCCCCCGACCAAACACACUUCCUCCUCAAACAGCAGGAGAAGGCCCUCUGCACAAUGCAUGCGCAGAGCACAGAGCCGAUCAGAGAUCAGGAUCGGCUUUUCAGCCAGGCUGCUCUGAUUCACAUGCUGGUAACAUUCAAGGAGCUGCUGCUGAAGUGUGACCUCAGUACUGCUUUGGAGUACCUGACUAAGGCAGCUGAGGUGUGUGCAGAGCAGAGUCUGGAGCAGCUGGUGAAGAGGCUGAAAAUCAUCCUCUUCCUCAGUCACAAGAACCAGGAGUCCAACCUCAAAUUGCAUGAGCUGCAGCAGCUGCUUGCUGCAUGGCUGCACAGCAAGAAAGGACAGAAGAACAUGGAGAAAGUCCUUGUCAUAAUAUCAGUUGACUCUGACGUCAACAGAUCUAUAAUCAUCAACAGCUUGAGCCAAGUGGCUGGUUCAGCUGUAACUGCAGUUUGUCCUGAGGAGAACAAGACCAAACUGAACGGUGCCAGUGUGGUCAGCAGUGUGUGUGAUAGUGUGUGUGUAGUGGUGUAUGAGCAGCAUAUAGGCCCCGACUUCCCCUGGAACAGUUUUCGUCUGGUGGUGGAGUACGACCAUCCAGGCCAGUCUCCGUGGUCCACAGUCUGCGGAGAGAGAGGCAUCGGUCACCUCACCUUCAACACCAGCAUCUCUGACACUGAGGAGGAGAAAGCGUCUUGGUGCCUGGAAGACAACGUGCCUCAUGUGUUGUUUGUGACGGAGGGGCUUCUUAACUGUCCACUGCUGCUACAGACACUUGAGUCAGGGUUUAAUAUAACUGUGCUGGAGAGGAGCCACUGUCCGUCCCUGCAGAUGCUCGGAGGGACCCAUCACUACGCCGUGAUCACAGUGGAUGAAAGUAGCGCUAUCGUCAUUCAGGAGCAGGAUGAACUAUGUCAGGAACGAGCCAGUGAGAGACUGGUGAUGAGGCUGACAGCGCUCUCUCUUCAGUACAGCUGCUGUUGGCUCAUCCUGCACUGCCCGGACAUCCAGGGAGGAGGGUAUGAGUGCACACAUGUACACACAAACACACACACAUUGUACACAAAGGCUCACUACCACUGCUUCUGUCUGUGUGAUGGCAGAUUUUCCAGCGAAGCUUUCAGUAACUUGGUGUUGGUUAAUUCGUCUCUGGUGCUGUUCGGGAUGAAGUCCAAGGAUCUGGAUGUCAAGGUGCUGAUAGUGUCAGAGGUGUUGGAAAUUGCCCAGUGGAUCAGUCGGAUCUGCUUCCACAGCCUGAUGUCCAGUGACAUGGAUCCUCUCAGCUACCUGAACAGAGACUGGUUGACUGUGAUGCCUUCACAGGAGGAAAAGUGUCUGCUGCAGUUCCCAUGUAUUAACCCUCUGGUUAGUCAGCUCAUGCUGAGGAGAAUGCCAUCCUUCCAGUGGCUCCUGAGGGCCUCUUUGUCUCAGCUGAAGGAGCUCCUCCCUGAGGUGCCACAUAAAGUCCUCAAGCUGUUCAGUGAAACCACAUCCCUGUACACAGACUCCAACCAGCCAGAGUCUCAAAAAGUCGUCACUGGGACAAACCAACAAACCUCCCCCUAUCCGCAACCCUCCACCAACCCACAUCCAGAGCCAUUCUGUAGUGACCACAGCACCAGCUACCUCUUCAGAGCAGAGGGUGGAGAGGGCAGUUUCUGUGAGCAAGACCUAGGCUCAACGGUGCAGGAUGCAAACACAGAUUUCAGAUUUGACCUGAGUAGUUCCUUUGGCAGCCCAGAUGUUUCCCUGGAGAGGAGCUGGACCAGUGGUCAUCCGUGGAAAGAGAAGGUGAAGUUUUCUGGGUGUACAAGCAGAGCUGGAGCAGUGGGGAGAGUUGUUAGGAGAGUCAACAAUGAGUGGACACUUAGCCCUCCACCAAACCUCGAUGGCUAUACCAACUACCUACACACCGCUGAUGACAAUCCUCUCAAACUGGACUCCACAUUCAGGUACAGCCCAGUCCUGCAGCAGCUAGCUGACGUCAGCGGUCAAAUGUCCACAUACUCUACAGUCUGCAGUGACCUCCAGCAUCCUAUCAACCAUCACAUCACUAGCAAUCUGAGCCCUCCAAUAGAGGUCACGCUGUGGGGCCAAGGUCAUAGCAGCAAAGACAGCCUCUCCUACACUGGAGGGAUAACAACGUCACCUAAGUAUGGCUCCAAAUGCUGGAUGGGGCAAGAGAGGAAGAGGAGUGGAGAGGCUGCAGGCUUGGUUGGAACAGUGCUGACGCCACUGAAGAUGGGGAGGCUGAGCUAUGAGAGGGUUCCCGGCAGAAAUGAUGGACAGACGAGGCUUAAAUUAUUUUAGGCAUGAAUUCAUUGUUCCUGUGGCCUGCUUGUAAAGAUGAAAAAGAAAUACAUCCUUUAAGUUUUGUUAAAUUCAAGUUAGUCACUGCAUUAUUCUGAUUUUAGUGUUAAUGGCAAGCUAAGGUUCAAUAAAAAAAAAAAUGUCUACAUUUUAUCAUUUUAUGUUUUUUUCCACUGGCUGUAGAAUGUGAUGGAUCAAAAUAAUUAGAAUUUAAUCAUUCAGUGAACAUGAAAUACUAAUAUUUUAGGAUUUGAAUAAUAUUUUGAAAUGUUUUAUAUCAUUAAGUAUAAGUGUUUUACUAUUAUUGCUCAUUUUAAGAAUUUUGUUUUUCACAGAAAAAAUGUACUUAUUUGUGAUUUAUUAAAUUAAAAAUUUACAACACUUCUUUA